CACAGAAUCCCGAAUCAAUUACCCAUGAAUUACCCCUUUUGUACAAGAUUCAGAGAAAAGAAAGCAAAAGUGGCAAAAAAAAAGUUUGUUGUAGAGAAAUGUCAGGUUCAGGGGGCUCAGGGACUGCCAAGUCAUCUCCGGGACGUGUAAGGGCACCAAAACGCAAAGGAGGAUGUCCCGCACCAACAGUUGCUUUUCGGAAUUUUGAACGGGAAGCUGAAUUACUGGAAGGUACCAGUGGGAAGCGUAUCUGCCUGAGUGAUCUCUUCCGUCCCCCCGUGGAGAUCCUUCACCGUGGUACAUGGGAGAGUGGUCGUGAAGUGGCCCGUGCUGCUGACAAAUGGCUCCUUGUGAAUCUUCAGGAUAGCGGUGAUUUCAAGUGUCAAUGCCUAAAUCGCGAUGUGUGGUCAGACGAGGUCAUCCGGGAAACACUUUCACAGUACUUUAUCAUGUGCCAAGUGAGCAUAACAAGUGAAGAGGGUGAGAAAUUUCGGGCUUUCUACCAUGCCACCACUCUCCCAUUUAUUGGCAUACUUGAUCCACGAACUGGUGGUGCUGUAGAUACAUGGCCACCCAAUGUAACACGUGAUGAUGCCCGUGAUCGCUUACUAACUUUCCUACGGCGUCGUCCAACACCCACAGCAACAGAAGAUGCAGCAGCAGCAGCGAAUGCAAUAGGUGUACUUGAAAAUUCCCAAUCACAACCACCUCUUAAUCCCGAUGUACUCUCCGAAGAGGAACAAAUGCGCAUUGCCAUUGAGAAUAGUCUUCGUGAAACUCAAGCUUCCCCAGAAGAUUUUGAGCAAGCUGAUGAUGAUGACAAGGAAGAUGCCGUAGUAGAGGACACAACACGAAUCUCCCUGCGACUUCCGGAUGAUACCACAGAGCUUCUCACAUGGCCUGCUUCGUACACAAUUGAUCGACUACGCAGAUAUGUUCGGCAGCGUCUUGGGGGUGUAGCGCCGUGUAAGCUUAUCUUUUCCGCUAUGCGCUCGGAUUUACUGCAAUUAGAUCCAGGAACGAGUCUUCGGGAUGCCAAGCUAUACCCCAGUGCUGUACUUUUUGUCCACUUAGAGGAAUAGGUUCAAAAAAAAAAGAAGUCCCUCCCUAUCCCCAAGUCUCACAAUUGUAAGAGAGAAAGAAAACAAAACCCUAAAUUUAAAUACAUCUUUAUUCGUCCCCAA